CUUUUGAACAAUUUCACUCCCGUCCAUUUUCGUCCAAAACUUUGUCUUCUCCGCAGCUUCAAGCCUCCAUAACUCACCCUCUCUCUCUCUCUCUCUCUCUCUCUCUCUCUCCACCAUAAAUUCCAAACAUCUUUCAAACCUUUUCAACCAAAAAAAUGAAAACCCUCUAGAUUUCCAACAAUGGACUUCACAUUCAACAACACUUGUGUCUUAACAACUCAUGAUGACAAAAACAACACCAACAACCUUAGUGGAUCUGGGUUCACCAAGCAACAAAGAUCUGUCGUAGCGGAUGAUCAUCUUCAAACUUCCAAAUCUAGAAAAACUGAUUACUUUGACCAGCCAAACAAGUCAAUGUCUGUGAGAUCUGACUCUUUGCUUUCACUUUCACCUGCUGAUGCCAAUAAUAUGCUCAGCUUUUCUUCUUCUUCUUCUUCUUCAUCUGCCAUUACAAGUAACCAAAACUCACUGUUUUCUUUCUACCAGCCCUACAUUAGAAAUAAUAAUACAGGUUAUGGUUAUGGAGGGUUGCAAGCAGGUAUGCAUAUGCCUGCUUCAAGGUAUAAAGGACCAUUUACCCCCUCUCAAUGGAUGGAGUUAGAACACCAAGCUUUGAUCUACAAACACUUUGUUGCUAAUGUCCCUGUUCCGUCGAAUUUGCUUACUCCGCUCCGAAAAUCGCUUAACACGUUUAUUUUCCCUGGAUCGUUGUCUUCGACCUCAUAUGCCUCCAAUUCUUAUGGAUGGGGAGGUUUCCAUCUCGGGUUCUCGGGUAACACGGAUCCGGAACCCGGGAGGUGUCGUAGAACAGAUGGGAAGAAAUGGAGGUGCUCUAGAGAUGCUGUUCCUGAUCAGAAAUACUGUGAAAGACACAUCAAUAGAGGCCGCCAUCGUUCAAGAAAGCCUGUGGAAAGCCAAAAUGGCCAAGCUGUCUCCGGCCCAGCCGCAACCAAAGUGGGCCCGGUUGUUUCCUCCUCAUCUGCACCUGUUUCCACUCCCCUGGCGACCGCCACCACUGCAGCAUUGCACCGCCAUAACCACACGCAGACUCCCAUCAACAGGACACAGGAACCGCAAGCGUUUGGUAUAAACUCAUUCUCAAUGCCAAAACAAAGCAAUCCAGUAGAAGAAGCCUCGGUGUAUCCGACCAACUAUGAUUCUUUCUUGAACCAUGGUUCAUCUAACCCGAACCCACUUCCAAAUUUCGUUGACCAAUGGUCUAAAGACGAGCCACUUAAACCAGACUGGACCCAACUCUCCAUGUCCAUUCCCAUGGCUGCUUCAGACUUCUCAUCUUCCUCAAACUCUCCGGCUCAAGAGAAACUUGCAGCUCCACCACCUGGUCUGACUGCUGAGUUUGAUCUUGACCCGACCCAGAAACAAGCAUCAAACUGGAUUCCCAUUUCAUGGGGAAACUCUAACUCGAUGGGGGGACCAUUGGGAGAAGCCUUGAAUCGAACUUCUAGUAACAGUGGGGUCAAAUGCAAGGAUCCAUCAUCGGGUUCAGAGAUGACUGAAAUGUGGGAUGCUGUUGGUUAUCAUAUGGGAUCCGGGUCAUCACCUACAGGGGUUUUACAGAAAACUACGUUUGUAUCGCUUUCCAAUAGCAGCUCUGGGAGCAGCCCGAAAAAGGAUGAACAUGGUGGCGGUGACCAUCUGCUUCUUUCAACACUAGCCAGUAUUACUUCAUUGUAAUGUGCCCUGUUUGAGAAAAGGGAGUUUUUGUGACCUGUUUUUAGGCAUUUUGAAAACAUGUAUGAAAAGGCGAUUUUAUGCGGCCUACAGUAUUCCAACUGAUUUAAUGUUUUGUAUUUAAGAUAUUAAUGAAGCUUAACGCUUCGUGUUGAUGCCUGUGGUA